ACCGUAGAAUCACAGUUCGUAAUAAAACACAAAUAUAAGGGUACUUAUAUAAAAGGCACUUUGACAGUUAAUUCUACGUUGUCUGAUCCAUACCGUCAAGGCAUCCGUUCCAUCUGCGCCUUCCAGACGCUUUUGCAGGCCGAACCGAAAGAUGAGUCGUAUCUAUGCGAUAUCGGAUCUUCAUGUAGAUCACCCGGAGAAUCUAAAGUGGGCAGACGAACUGCCAUUCACCCGUUACCAAGAUGACGUUCUUCUGUUGGCCGGGGAUGUUACCGAUUCAUUGCCCCUCCUGAAGUCAACACUGGUCGGCCUCAAAAAGAAGUUUAAGGAGGUAUUUUUCGUACCAGGAAACCAUGAGCUAUGGGUUCGGGAUAAGGGAUCUAAGGAAUCGAGCAUCACAAAAUUCCAUCGCAUUAUCGAGAUGUGCAAGAAGUCGGGGAUUCACACAGCACCAAAGAAAAUCAACAGUUCUGAUGGCGCCGUUUGGAUUGUGCCACUUUUCUCCUGGUACACAACGCCGGAGGAAGACAGACGGGAUUCGCUUUACGUCCCAGGUAGCUACGAAGACGUCAAAUUGACGAAGACACUGUGGAUGGAUAAUCACAUGUGUAAAUGGCCCACGAACAUCGGCAAAUCCAGAUCACGGUAUUUCGCCGAACAGAACAAAGAGCGCGUUGAACGUUCGUACGACGCACCAGUAAUCACGUUCAGUCAUUUUGUUCCACGUAUGGAGCUGAUACGAGCAAGUAGCGAAGACGACCAGAAGGUUAAGAAAGAGAGGCAGCAUCUAGGUCUCCCAUGCUGUGUACCAAAACGUCAGGGUUCCGCGAAGGGAUUCAACUUUACCCGUUACGCAGGUUGCAACACGCUGGAGGAGCAGAUACGUGACGUCGGCGCAGAAGUUCACGUUUACGGACAUCAGCAUCGUAAUCGCGACCGUAUAAUUCAGGGAGUGCGUUACGUUUCACACUGUCUAGGAUACACAAAAGAACGUCAAGAAGGACUUACGUAUGGUAUCACACAAUGGGGUGGUCCCAAGCAGGUGUGGCCCAAUACGUUUGACAACAAUGAGUUUGAUCACAUACCGGUACCUAUUUAAUUUUACUCAGACUGACAAUGACAGACUGAAGAAUUCAUUAUGUUACUGAAACAUUGAAAUCAUUAAGAUCGUAAAAGUGUGCAAUGUGAUAACGUAGGUCUACAACUGAGUUGAUAUUACGUGUGAGAUGAUGCGGGUCAAGCUUUGUUUCUAAAAAAACGCUACACUGUCACUACAACGUUUUCACUACAAUCGUUGGGAAGGCACCCCAAUUCGACCGAUUAAUCAACGUCGCCGAAAGGCAGUAGCGUGUAGCGAUUUCAUGGAAGCUAGUCUUAACAUUGCCUUUGAAGGCUUACGUCAAAUAUGUGCAAUUUUAUAGGCUUUCGAUUAUCAAAAUUUGAAAAUUCUACGCAUGCGUAUUUUUCUCGAACCAUUACCGGCGGCUAUCUAUUUAGAGAAACACACAGAAUGGAAUCUAAUACACAAUUCUGAUGUGUACGUAAAAUUAUUAUUGGCUGUAUAUUAGGAAAACGUUUAUAAUAAAAUUAAUUAAUACGUAUUUUAGAAAUAUUUAAAUGAUAUACCACUGUCCAAACAGCUGAACUUGACAAAUAAAAUUCUAUAUUUAAAUUGCAUAAUUUAUAAUUAAUUCAAUGUUUUAAUUGAAUUAACAAUGGAGAGCUUUCGUUUUAAGCGACAAUGUGAACAUAGAGCUGAUUGACUCACCCGUGACCUUCCUGCGUUGUACAAAACGUAGAUUCGGGCCAAACUGCGUCACAGAAAACGGACAACAUUUUUUUUUUUUUUGGCAAUUUUUGCGCAUGAGCAGAUGAAUGUUUGUGACGUCAUUACGUCAUAGAUACUACCGUGGUUGUGCAAUCGAAAGCUCCCUACUAUUUUACCGGUCUUCAACGUCAAAGAUUAGGCCUACUUCCUUUUAGUCUUAUCAAUUUUACGUAAGGGUUUAUUUGUAAAUGGCUUUCAUUUCGCAAGAAUAUGUUGGCGGUGGUCCGUACAACAGGAUACAGCCCCAAUUUAGUGUAUAUAUUUCUUAUCUUUUAUGCAGAUUUAUCUAUAGAUUAUGUUUUGUGACGUGAUUUCCGUUCUUUUAUUGUAUUAAUGUGUUGGGAAUUUGCUUUGUGAAUGUUAAUAUCUUCUGUGGGAUUCGACUUCUGAAUAAAUUUAUGGAUAUAGUUUGGGAUAA